GAUUUUCCCUUUUAAGAAUUAUUGUAUUUUGUUUUCCCAUUUAAUAUGUUUAUUAAUUACCAAGCAAGGACAUAGUUGUCCUCUUUAAUAUUGUUGCCUAGCAAAUAUCCAUGGCAUGGUACUGGUUGGCCAGUCUCCUGUCUAAUAAACCUAUAUAUAUAGACAGAAGUUGAAGUGAUAAGGAAAUCACCAUGUAAGGAGACACAGAGUAUUAAAGGGUAGCUGUAAUUUGUUAAUUAUCCUUAACAUUUUUCAUUGGCCGGUAAGAAAUGGGAAGAGGUCGUGCUCCUUGCUGCGAUAAAACCAAGGUGAAGAAGGGACCAUGGAGCCCCGCGGAGGAUUUGAGGCUUAUGAGUUUUAUUCAGAAGCAUGGACAUAACAAUUGGCGCUCGCUACCUAAAGAAGCAGGACUAUCACGUUGUGGGAAGAGUUGUCGUUUGAGGUGGAUCAAUUACCUAAGACCUGAUGUAAAACGAGGAAACUUCACAUCUGACGAAGAGGAAACCAUAAUCAGACUGCACAAUUCUUUUGGAAACAAGUGGUCAAAGAUUGCUUCUCACUUGCCAGGAAGAACUGAUAAUGAGAUUAAAAAUGUGUGGAAUACACACUUGAAGAAGAGAUUAACUAGGAAAACUGAAGCCAGUGGUUCUCCAAUGGAUUAUUCUGAUUCUCCAUCUAGUCCAUCAAGUUCAGUUACAUCAAAUGAAGAUCAUAUCAUGGAAACGACAGAUCAAACUGUUCAAGAACCCGAUGCCAAAAAGCCAAAUGAGAAAACCGAGAUCCUAAAAGUAAUAUCGAAACAUCCUAGUGAUGAACCAAAAGAAACUGCAAGUUAUGAUUCUCCUACGUCUUCAUAUGCAUCAAAUUUCUGUAACGUUAGUGGGGAUAUUGUUACAAGGCCGGAGGAGAGAAAGGAGUCGACUACUUCAGAUGAAGAAAUCGAAAUCCCUUUAGAGUGGGAUAUCGACUUUUGGAACUUGUUGGAUACCUUGGAUCCUUAUCAGACUACUAACUCGGAACAAAAUAAAUAUGAAAAUUCAAAUGCAGCGGAAAAAGUAGACAAUGAAGAUGUAUGCAAAGAGUGGUUAAGAUACUUGGAAAAUGAACUUGGACUAACUGGAGGAAAUGGUAGUGACAAUCUGCCAAAUACAGAGCACACAAGAAGUUUACACCAGGAGAUAAAUUUUGAGCCAGAAAUUGAACCUGAAAUGGAUUAUUUUCCUAUAUGGCCUCCUUCACCUCAAAAUUUUGGCAUCUAGAGUCAACAAAAUGGGGUCCUUUUAGAAGCGUGUCAAAUUUUUUGUACUUGAUACAUUGUUAGGUAUGUAAAAAGUCCAAUAGAUUCAAGCUUGUGCUUAUUUUUAUCUGUCCUCCAGAAAAAAUUAGUAACAAAAAUAUUAUUAAAUUA